AUGCCUUCUAGACGCACUUUGACCAAUGUCGAGAUCGAGUAUGAAGUGGAGGAGAUAAUCGAUGUGCGGCAAACGGAUGGCAAGCUGGAGUUCCUUAUCAAGUGGAAAGGACAUUCAUCGGAAAUGAACACGUGGGAACCUCGUUCCAAUCUUAAAUGUCCGAUUAUACUGAGAAAGUUUCUUGCUGAAAGAGGUCUUCUCAAAGAAACCAUUGUGGAUGUGCCCGAUGAUAUCGAACCAUACGGUUUCGAUAGGGGUCUAGCACCCGAGUGCAUUGUAAUGGUUACAAAGAAAGAUGAUGAACUCUACUUCUUGCUCAAAUGGAAAGGUCGUUCCGAGUUUGACGUUGUUCCUGCCGCUCAGGCCAAUAUUCGAUGUCCCCAGUUGGUGAUUGAAUUCUAUGAAGGUCUCUUGCAUUUCAAAUAA